UCCCUCUCCGUGACGCCGUCGUCUACCGCCCCGUCUCGCGCUCUUCCGCGACACCCUCUCCCAACCCCUUCCAGCUCGCCGGCCCCCUCCUUUUUGCCACCGCCCUUUUGCCACCGCCACCACCCCUUCUUCACUUAAUUAAUUUGUUUUGACUACAUGUUUUCAGGACUGACAUAUGGCGGACGAUAGAGCUGACCCGAUUCUGGACAACUAUGAUCCGGACGCUGAAGACCAUAUGUUCGGCAUCAUAAAAGGCGAUAUUCCAUAUGUGCCGACCGGAGAAGAAGAAGAUGAUAUCUCUUCUUAUCUGAACCUUGAGUGUGAAGAUGAAGGGCGCCGUCAGCAAGCAGAUGAUGCCGAAGAAACGUCGAUAAACGACGAUCUUCAAUUGGAAGUAGCAACCACCUCCGGCGCCGAGCCCUCGGCCGGAUCGUCGAAAAAAUCGAGUACGUCGUCAAAGCGUGGCGCAACCAAGACGAUGAAAGCAGGAGAAACAUGCACCAUCGAUGUUGUCGACGAAGAAACCGGCAGGCCGCUGGAGCCCAGCAAGAACGCCACCAAGUUUGUCAGCCAAUGCGGAGCCGUUGUUAGAGACAACGUCUCGAUCACCCGCCAGGAGUGGAAUGAGCCAAAGAAGGCACGUGUUGGUUUCACUUUUGUCGAUAAGAGAGAAAAAAAGAUUGCUUCAACAAGCUUAUGGAACAUUUCGUUCUACCUCCGGAAUACCGCAAAUACGAUGAGGAGGGUAACAAGAUUGCGGAAAACAAGAAGAGGCGCAAGCUAGUCAAACAGUUCGCUCUUUCUAGGAUGGCCAACGCAUUCCGGAAAUACAAGCAAAAUCUAGCCCAUGACUUUGUCAACCAGGGCAAGACUCCGGAUUUCAAAGGACAAUAUGAGAAACUGCAACAUG